AUGGACAAUGAGCGAGCUCGCAAGAUCCUUGGCGAUCUUGCGGGUCAGCUCCCCACAAAGGCGUCUAUAGAUCAUAUCGAGCGACAGCGGAUCGAUGCCAGAGUCGCUGAGCAGAAGAUUCGAAAUCAACGCUUUCUACGCAAAGCCAAGCGACGCUCUGGCACUUCGAGCCUACAUCAGGCUGAUAAUGACUUUCGCCGCGGCACAAAGCAUACGAAUGACAUACUCCAUAGCGAUGCGGUAGACUUGCCUGAGCUCGAUGCAGAUGGUCUCCCCAUCAUCGAAGGUGAACAGGUCCUGCCCGACUCGUUCUUUCGUACGCCGACGGUGGAUGAAGGCAUUAGAUUGUCAAUUGCCACUCCCGAAGGUCUCGUCCAGCCGCAGAAGCGACAGCUGCUCAAACGUCUAGGCGCGCACAGACCCCAUCUCAGAUCGCGCAAACGCGAACAGGCCAAGAAUGACAGACCGAGCUUUGAAGUGCCCGAUGCUGUAGCAGAAGAAGAUGAGGAUCAUCUUGCUCUGCCAGAAACCGAAGGAUCGGGUGCUACGACGCCAGAUCCGCUCGCAAGCACAGGCGGAGAGCUGACGCGCGUUUCUUCGCACAUCUCCCUUCAAUCCGUCGCGUCCAUAGAAUCUACAACGAGCACACUGCCAGACGCAGGCACGACCAACGUCACGCCUCCUGGAUCCGAUCUCAAUCUUGCCCUCGCUCGGAUCGACACGCCCAAUGAGCCUGUUCAAGCAGUCGCGCCUGCUCAAGGCAUCACUGCCGUGGACUAUGCUGCUAAUGCAAGUGCCAACGUUGAGGCCGGCCAGGACGCGGAAGGAGACAGCGAUAGCGAUGAUGACCUGCAGCGUAGUCUGACGGUCGAUCAGAGUCCAGAGCAGCGCAAACGGCAUCACCUCAGACAACUGAGCAAGCGCAGCGCGAAGCCUGCCACUCGGCAGCGAUUGGCCAAGACACAUUCGUUCGAGAGUCUGAAGAGCGAAGCCAUGCCUGAUGCUGGUCAUCAGUUGCGAAGGCGGAUGACCGAUCUCGGCAAGUUGGCUCAGCACACUCCGCUCAAGCGACGCGUCAAGAAAAGUCCAGCAGGAUCGGGCAUAGAGAAGCUCAGCCAGGUGCUUGUCGAGGCUGGUGUACUAGACGAGGAAGGCGAAGUCACGGAGAUCGACGUGCUCUACGAGAAUCAGCGCGGGAUGGUCGUCUUCGGUCAGACAAAGUUCAGUCCGAACCUGCUCUUCCAGCUCGAUCCAUCAUCUUGGAGCAACGCAACCCUCAAAAAUACGCCCUAUACACCCGUAGACUUUCCACUGCCCAAUCCGACCUGGUCCUGGGUCAACCCGACUUGGUCAAUCGACAUGACAGGCGAUGUCGAUUACCAUGGUUGGCAAUACGCCAUACGUUUCCGUUCGGGCAAAUGGCGGGGCUGCCCUGACGUCUGGCGAUCUUUCGUAAGACGCAGGAGAUGGUUCAGGACGAGAAGGAAGCAGCCCACGCUCGAGCUCGAGAAGAAGCCGGCUGGCGAGGUCUACGCGCCGCCCACAGAUCUACCUCAAGCCGACAUGUCAGAGGCGGAGAAGAACAGCUGGGCGGAAGGUCAGACGGGCAAGCAGCUCGUCUGUCUGCUUCCGCAGAGCUUGCAGCAUAUGCUCGUCAAGCGCGCGCAGGAGACGACAGACGAAAUCGCUCAACCUUGGCUCAGCUCAGCCGAUGUCAGGCAGCGCAUGUCCGAAAGCGAUCACGGCUUUGCCUAUCUCUAUCCGACCGUGAUCGGCGAACUCAACCUCAGACGGGCUUGCAAAACGCUCGCACAUACUUGCUCGCUCGACCGACAUCGGCUCAAGCUAUGGAAGAUCUGGCUCCGCGACGAAGAGGCAAAGGAAGUCGAGCUUCCUGAUCUAGUAGAUGCAUUCGAGCUUAUGCGACAGAAACUUGAUGCCCUGCUGCUUGUCUUUGACUACAACACGACACGCCGCGCGUUCCUGCAGCUUGUCAAGCGCCGUGCAACGGAGGAGGGCGUCGCUGGUAGUGAAGAGCUUUGCCAGACCAUCGAUGAUUUGGCAGAGAGCAUCGCACGCGAAGCUGACGAUUCGUUGCCGUUCGACUCGCUCAUUCCACUUGACCACCCGCACCCACACGCUUGA